UGUAUCCCUUUCAGCAACAACGCUUUUGAGAGCGCGCUGUCGAGACCGAGUCCGGAAAAAGAAAAGCGGGGAGUGACGUCAUCGCACGAAACAAUGGCGUCCGUGGAUGUGGAGGAGUUUAUCGGUCAGAACCGGCAGCUGGCGGACCGGGUGGAGGCUUUCCGCGGGUUCUCGGAGAGCGACAAACACUGGAAGGGCAGGCGGGAGUUCAUCUUCAGGAACAUGGCGGACUUCCCGGAGCCGCAAGUGGAUCAUCUGCUCGCGCUCUCCAUGGUCUGGCAGAACCACGUGUUCAUGGGCUGCAGAUACAGCUCAGAGCUGCUGCAGAAGGUGAUGGAGAUGGCGGAGGGCAUCCAGGUGGAGGACGCUCCAGUCUUCAAGACCAGAGACGAGAUCGUCAGACAGCAGAAGCAGCGGUGAUGCCUGAGCAACUCCACGUCUACACGAGGAGCACGGAGAUCCUCAGCAUCAUUCAUCUACUGUACAUAUGAUCAGCAGUUUUAUACAGUGUUGUUGUUUUUAUAACAUGUUUUAUUUACUACUCUUAUAUCUGCGCAACUAAAAUGAUCAGUAUAAACCAUGUUAAUGUGCUGCAAACGUUGUAAUGUUGCAUUAACUUGCCUAACGUUCAGCUAAUUUACUUAUUUGGUUGCAUAUUGUGGGUUGAUCUGCUGUAGCCCAUGCAGAAUACAGUGUAAUAAACUCUACCAAUGUGUUUUUAAUGCUUUAAACCGUUUCUUAAUGUAUUAAAGCAGAUUGAGAAUGUGCGCAAUGGAAACACUCUUUUAAUGGUAAUAUAUGAUGAGAAUGCUGCAGAUUUCCCUGCUAAAUCUUUGCUGAAUGUGAUCUCUAAGUGGACUGCUGUGAUAACUGCCUGAUAAUUAUUAUAACUGGGCUGUUUUUUUAUUCUCUCAUCUUUGUGUUCUCGAUUAGAUUUGUUAUUUAGUCUUUUGCAUGUAUUUGAACUCAUGAGCUUCAAUAAAGUAUUCAUUCUCUCCA